AUGGCUACCGUUUCGAGAACUUGUCAGAGUUGCGCAAAUUCCAAAGUUCGCUGUAUUCGCAAUGUGGACAACCCGCACGUCUGUAAUCGAUGUCUCCGCCUUGGCCGAGAAUGUAUCUACCGACAGACGGGACGGCGAUUUCAUGGAUUCCAAAAAGACCGAAGGAUUGAAGCCCUUGAGUCCCGAGUCAAAGAGCUCUUGACCGACCGAGCCGCUUCGGCAGAUAUAUCCAAAGUCCAAUCAGAACGAGAGACCAGUACGCGCAGUGUCUCCAUUGCCGAUGAUGAGGAUGGCAGCAGAGAUGUCGUCGACCAAGGGUUCCUCAGCAUGGAGACAGCACAGAGCUACCUGGAUGCCUUCAGGACCGUUAUGACUCCACAUUUUCCGUUCGUUGUUAUACCGCCAGAUGUAUCAGCCCACCAGCUGCGCCAGGACAAACCAUUCUUGUUUCUUGCUGUCCUUUCCGCGGCUUCUUACGAGAAUAUGCCGCUGCAGCGGUCACUCGGAGCCGAAGUCAAAAAAGCCGUUUCUUCCCGCAUGAUCCUUAAUGGAGAGAUCUCCUUUGACUUGUUGCAAGGGCUGCUGGUAUUCUUGGCAUGGUCGCACUACCAUACAAAGCCUCACCGCUACACUCAGUAUCUCCAACUCGCAAUAAGUCUCAUUAUCGAGCUACGGCUGGACCGGGCACCGCAGACCAGAACAUGGAAGACUGGACUCAGUUUCCAGCCUGAUGGGCCACCAAACCGAGACGUCUAUGAUCGGCCAUCAUGGGGCAAUGAUGAGAAGAGAGCGAUCAUAGGUUGUUACUACUUAUCCUCUUCGAUUGCCAUCCUUCUGCAGAAAUAUUCUACUUUUCCCUACGUGACAUACAUCGAAAUCUGCUGCCAGUCUCUGCACCAGGAUAAUGAGUAUCCUCACGACAAAUACAUCACGCAUAUCGUGCAACUACAGCAUAUCGCCGAAAAAAUAGACCGACUAUCAGCAGACCAUGGAGAGGAACUGGUGAGACCCGGAUCAGGCGCCGAGCUCUACGUGACAAAUGUCAAGAACGACCUCUCAAACUUUCACAAGCGACUACCAUUCAACCUCUUUGAUAGCUCAUUCCUCGCAUUCCAUUUCCACGCAACAGGACUCUGUCUCUACCAGCUCGCCCUCGGCCUAACCGACGAACAACCUAGAUCCCCUUUCGGAGGAUCUAUUUCCCAACGCUGGAGAGAGGAACUAUCCUGCGCGGCCGUCAACGCCGCCGAAUCAAUCAUCGGCAUCUAUACUUCACUCCCACCCGCAUCGGAAUUGGGCUUCACUAAUACGCAAUGGAUUCAAAUGGCCUUUGCCAUGCUCAUUGGAUACCGGCAUACAGCUGCCUCAGAGGACCCUGAGAACAUAGCAGCAUUUCUUCGAACCUUGACACAGCUCCGGCAGCGGGUGGGAGCCUUGUCGACACCUAAUGUCGACCACAACGGAGAUCGAGAUGUAUUUUGCGAUUUCAGGAAACGGAUCGUCCAGAUACAGAGUCGGCUCGAGAGGGGUAAGAAAGAUGAUACUCCGAGCAGCGGUAUUUACUUUGACAGAUCUAUGGAGGCUAGUACUCAGUUUGUCUCAAACCCUGGGAUUACAUUUCAAGAACCGGAUUCCGUUGAGUGGCAAUUGCCGCAGGACGAGAUGCUUGUGUUUAUGGAGGAUUACCGACUACCGGAUGAUUUCCUCCUGAAUACCUCUGUAGAGCAAGUCAUGAAUAGCUGGAUCUAA